AUGGCGAUUGAAAAAGGAAUGUUGGAUGUUGAUCAACUUGUUCUUAAACUCAUAACAUCAGGCAAUUUGGACUUUAUCACCUUGAAUGAAAUCACUAAAUAUCCAGUUAAAGAAGAUCGAACACGAAUUUUGCUGGAUCACUUUUCAAAGAUAAAUGACAAUGGCAUUUUAAGACAGUUUGUUUCUUUUAUGCGGGAUCCAUUGAUUCUGAAUUCAGAAGCACUACAGUGGGCUGAAUAUAUGCAAGGUUGUAGUGAUAGUUGCUGCAUGUUCUUCAUUAAGAGAUACAGCAAUGUAUUCAAAUAUGCCCUGGAGGAACAAGGAAUCGAGAGUUUUGCUGAAUACUUUGAGGAAUCGGGCGUGUUGAACAGUUCAGAGAUCGAGGAAUUAUGCAAAUACAGCUUUAAGGAGGCAGCGGAACAGUUUAUGCACAUCCUCUUCACCAAAACAACCAUUCUCACCGUCGCAAACAUGUGGUUUGUUUUAGUGGAGUUCCGACAUGAAAUUCCUUAUCUGGGACCGUAUAUUGAUAGUUUCCUGGAUGCAUUCGAUGAACAAACUGGAUUUUUCUCUCCACGUUUUGACCCCCUAUUGCCAGUGGAACCAUUGUUGGUUGGGAAGUGCUAUGUUAAUUUAUAUCGCCUGCUUCAUAUAAUCCAUGUGGAAGGCACAGAGGCUGUUCGGAGCAUUUUUGAUCGCCACAUCACAUCAGCGGAGCUGGAAGAAGAAGUUAGGAAGAACAAAGUUUUAAUCAAGAAUCGUUUGGAAGGCAAAGAUUUUAGCUCAUUCAGUAAAAUAUGGCUGAAUAUUAUUUAUUCAACGGAGAAAUUCAAAACUGUGCAUUUUACAUUGCCAUUGUUUCAGUUUCUCGCUGUAUUUAUGAAGAAGUUUCCACGUCCAAAAAAGGGCUGGACCGGCCGGCUUGCAAAGUCGGACACUUCUUCGGGAGCUUAUUUGCGACGGAUCUGUGAGAUGCGUGAUUCUCUUUUGAAGGACAUUUUCUUCACAGAUGUAUUUUACUCAAAGUUUGACAAACUAUGGAAUGAAAUUACACAGAUACUGGUUCAGCUUGGAGUCAGCGAUAAGAGGCUACAAGAACUUAAAACGCAACCGAUGAGUGCUGUGUUCAUGGACAGGAAAUAUAUGGAGAAAUACUUCAACAAACCUUUAUCCCAACUACUAGAGGAGCUCAUUGUUAGACACCACAAAGAACAACCAAAGAAGCUUGAAGCAAAAGUAGCUGAUAUCACAAAAGCUAAAGUAGCUGAUAUCAAGGAACAGAACACAAAAGCUAAAGUAGCUGAUAUCAAGGAACAGAACACAAAAGCUAAAGUAGCUGAUAUCAAGGAACAGAACACAAAAGCUAAAGUAGCUGAUAUCAAGGAACAGAACACAAAAGCUAAAGUAGCUGACAUCAAGGAACAGAACACAAAAGCAAAAAAGGAGCAGAAAGAAAAAGAUACAUCAGAGGAUGAAUCUGAACCACUUGGGAAAAAGACAGAAGCUGCUGCCCCGACACUUACAAAGGAAGCUGAGACCCUUGGAGAAUUAAAAUGUCUCUCCCCUCAGAGCAGUGAAGUGCCACUGGAGCAGCAAGUAAUGACACAGGAGUCUCGAGCGACAGAAACUGAUUUAACAUCGGGACAAGACAGCUUAAACAGCACGUCUCAUCUCGAGACUGAUCAGCCGAUGCCUGCAUCCUCUCAGGCAGUCUCAUUCAGUCCAACUGAUCCCGAAUAUUGUGCAAAUUGUGAAGAUGGAAAUGAAGGAACUGAGAUUGAGACGGAAACCAGCCACACAGAGGGGAAAAAGACAGAUGCUGCUGCCCCGACACUUACAAAGGAAGUUGAGACCCUUGGAGAAUCAAAAUGUCUCUCCCUUCAGAGCAGUGAAGUGCCACUGGAGCAGCAAGUAAUGACACAGGAGUUUCGAGCUACAGAAACUGGUAAAGAUUUAACAUUGGAACAAGAUAGCUUAACCAACACGUCUCAUCUUGAGAAUGAUCAGCCGGUGUCUGCAGCCUCUCAGGCAGUCUCAGUCAGCCCAACCGAACCCGAAUAUUGUGCAAAUUAUGAAGAUGGAAAUGAAGAACCUGAGAUUGAGACGGAAACCAGCCACACAGAGGGGAAAACGACAGAUGCUGCUGCCCCGACACUUACAAAGGAAGUUGAGACCCUUGGAGAAUUAAAAUGUCUCUCCCCUCAGAGCAGUGAAGUGCCACUGGAGCAGCAAGUAAUGACACAGAAGUCUCCAGCUACAGAAACUGGUAAAGACCUAAAAUCUGAGCAAGACAGCUUAUCAAACACGUCUCAUCUUGAGACUGAUCAGUCGGUGCCUGUGGCCUCUCAGGCUGUCUCAACCAGUCCAACUGAACCCGAAUAUUGUGAAAAUAGACAUGAAAAACCUGAGAUUGAGGUGGAAACUAGCCACACAAAGAUUUUGGACAGAUUGAUUGACGCUUGUGUGAACACUGAUCCCGUUGAUUUUAAGGAGAGCUUCAAAAGGUUAGAGGUAGAGAGGAACGCCCUAAUGCAGAACAUUGAAAAUCUGAAUGACCGAUGCAAACAAACUGAGAAUAAAAGCCACCUCGAGAUCAAAGCAUGGAAGCAAAGAAUCCGAGAGAAAGAGAGGCAGUGUCAAAGCCUGCAGCAAGAAUUUGUCAGCCUAAACCAGCAACUAAAAGAGGAAUUCCGCAGGAUGGCCCAGGAGCAGGAAGACCAUCAGACACAACUGCUGAAAGUCAAAGACCAAAUCUGUGGAAAAAAAUCUGAACUUGAGAGAUGCAUCAAGUCGAAUAUUGACAAGGAUAAAGAGAUCAUGAAGGUUAAAAGGGAAUUACAGCAGGAGAGAGAGCGAUGGCUCCGGGAAAAACUACAAUUGGAGGAAGAGCUCGCAAACAUACAACAAACUGAAUUAGAAACCCUAAGAAAAGCCAUUAAUCAGGAGGUUUUCUUGCUGGAGAUGCAUAGAGAUUUCUUUGUCUGUAACUUGGAGAGUGCCUUGGUGGAGACUGAACAACAGUUAACCAACCUCAAGGAUCAUAUUAAAGGGCAGACUGUUGUCCCACCACUAAUCCAGGGAGCUCUGAACAAGUGGGAAGGUGUUGCCACUGAUCUCAGAAACAAGAUUGACUAUACUACGAAAGAGUUCAAUAAUCAUAUAUAUAUGAUUAAAAAUGGAGCCAAACUCCAGAGUCUUCCUCCACUGAACAAUCCUGAACAACCGUAUCCUCUUUCUCUGCAUGUCAUGAAAUCUGGGAACCAAGCGAAUGUUCUGCAUUCACUAGGAUCACAACCUUCCUUACAGGCAUACACUGGAAGCCCAAUUCCUGUCAUGCCCAGUUCCUUGCGAGGUUACAACAAUAGGUUAGAAUUGAACAGUUUCAUUGAUCAAGUACAAACUGGACAGGAGUUAUGGACGGGGUUUGGGAAACAAAAAUCCUCUGAGACACGUGUGCAGCUGCAGAGUACUGAAGAGGACCCCUGUGUCAUCUGCCACGAGGAGCUUGUUCCAUCAGAAGAUUGCUACAUGCUGGAGUGUAAACAUGUUUUCCACAGAAAGUGUAUUGACCACUGGCUGAAGGAACAGAGUACAUGUCCAAUUUGUAGAAUUCUUGUACUAAAGCCAGAGGACUACCCACAGCUGUCCAAAAAUUGAGAUGCUUCCUAUCAGUAACUCUGGCAAAAUCAGCUGCUUACCAUUCCAACAAGUGAAGAUUUAUUGGAAAGAUUUUGAAUACUCGUUUAAAAGAAAGAAACCAAAGAGUCUUAUUCAUGCAACCUCAUGUCUGAAAAGUAUUAGUAUUAUCUUUGUUUAACGUGUUCAUUCUGAAGUUCCCUUGAUGGGCUACUGGGUAAAGAAAGACAAGCCAGACAGACCAGAAAGUUUGUCGUGAUCAAAUCCUGGUCUGUGCUGAGUUAGUUCAUCUCAGCCAGAAUAACUGUUGGGCUAUCACAAUCCGGUUCGGUGCCUGUUUUAAGAGAGGGUUGAAGGGGGUCGUCGUUAAAAUCGUGACGGGUUCCUGCUUUUGAUAACUCUUCAGUGACUUCUGUUUGGGUGAGAAGAGGAAAUGGCUUGGCAUUGCUGCCCUUCCUCAUAUCUAAACAACUCAUAGCAUUCGCUGUCAAGAUUCAUACAUGAAGAAUGGUUAUUUUGACGAUGUGUUGGAGGGUGCCUAACUAAUAUUCCAGCAAAGAAUCCAGCUCUUCAGGAGAUGAAAAUGAAGGGAGAAAAAAUGGCAGAAAACAAAAUUAAUUUUUUUUACAUUUUACCCUUUUGAGAUCUCCAAUAUCUUUUACUGUUUGUGAAAAUCUGGGUAAAUAUAUUUCUGAUGUUAAAAGGUUAAAUAAAAAAAUAAGAAAAUAAAA